AUGUCUUCUUUACUAUUUAACGCGCCGAUCUUUGUGCUUAUAUUCUUCAUUGGAAUGGGAAUGGGAAAGCAGCAAGAAGCUACCUGUGAUGAUACCGUGAGCGCUCUGAUGGUUUGGUUGGUGUUCGCCACAUUGAUACCGUUGACGAUUAAUGUAGCCACAUUCGUUCUCAUCAUUCUCACCAUCUCGCAGAUGCGCAAAAUGAAGAAAAUCACCGAGUCGAUCGCGUCGAGCACUCAUCGGCUUUCACAAACGGCGAUUCGAGUCGGCAUCGGCAACUCGGCUAAAAAGGCACUGCUCGAUUUCGCUCGUACAAAGGACGAACUAAAGAUGCUCUUGCCUGCCACAACGAUCGACAAGAAGAAUGUG